CCAGGAGACUGUCGACAUACCCGAGGUUUGUUUCUGCACUUCCGCUCUCUUACCGUAUAGCUAAACGAUAUCUAGACCUCACGGAGGAGCAAGGACACAACAACGAGGAGAUAUCUGUUCUUGACCCGAACCGAGCCCGGCCAUGGACGAACAGGCAGGGCCCGGUGUUUUCUUCAACAACAACAAUAACUCUAUUUUAGCCGGUGUGGGGAAGGUACUGCUACCGGAGGGGGAUGCAGGGGAAGCGGACAGGUCUCCGUACAGCAUCCCGGGGAUCCUACACUUCCUGCAACACGAAUGGGCUCGUUUCGAGGUGGACCGGGCUCAAUGGGAGGUGGAUCGGGCCGAAUUGCAGGCUCAGACGGCGUUCCUCCAGGGAGAGAGGAAAGGACAGGAGAACCUGAAGAAGGACCUGGUUAGGAGGAUCAAGAUGCUGGAAUACGUUCUCAAACAGGAGAGGGCCAAGUACCACAAGUUAAAAUAUGGAACAGAGUUGAACCAAGGAGACAUGAAACCUCCCAGCUAUGACUCUGAUGAGGUGAAUGAGAAUGAGGCUCCUGGCUCUCUGAACAACCAGCUGUCCUGGAAACAAGGUCGUCAGCUCCUCAGACAGUAUCUUCAGGAGGUGGGUUACACCGACACCAUCCUGGAUGUGAAGGCUCAGAGGGUGCAAACCCUGCUGGCUAUGGCUGGUGCCGGAGGGGGUCGACCCGGGGAGAGGACCGGGCCAGAGACCCCUCUGGUCAACGGGACAGACACCGUACCUAAAGGCACCGACACUGGAGGAGGGAAGACUGAGGUGUCUGAGUCCAGUGUUGUGCCGGACACCUUCAGGUUCUACUGUGAUGAAGACGAUGAUGAAGAUGGUGCAGGGUUGGAUCGGACUGUCAUGGAACAGACAGGACCUACGGGGACCAUGGUGAGGAAGAAGCCACCAUCGUCAUCAUCACCGACCCUCAAUAUGGACACUAGUGAGGACCCGGACGCAGAGGACGCACUGAAAGGCUUCGACUUCCUGUCCAGCCCUGACAACAUGGACACAUCGCCUGAGUCCCGCAGCGCUGGGGACGGGACGGACUGGGAGAAGGAGGAGCAGUCUGCUAUGUCAGAGGCGUGGGACGUGGACCAGGGUUUGAUAACCAAACUCAAGGAGGAGUACAGGAAGGAGCGCAAGGGGAAGAAGGGGGGAAAGAGUAAGUUAUCUAUCCUCUUCCCUGAACUUCUCCUCUCUGUCCUCCUCGUCUCCUCCCUGUCCUCGUCUCAUCCUCCGUCAUCUCUUCCCUGA